AUGCAUGAAUUAAACUGGAUCUUUAUCAAUACAAAAUGGUGCACCAACAAGAAUGGUAGUGUGCCUCGCAUACUCUAUUUCUAUUCCUCCAUAUGCGAUCCUGUACGCAUGGGGGAUCAGAUGACUGAUUUGUUUUGUCAAAUUCAUCACCAGUCUACGUUAGCGGGGCAAGAUUACCAAGAACCGUGUCAAAUUCACUACAUUCAAUUACAUAACAAUCACAUUGAUGACGUGGAAACCCAGAUAAGUGAAUCGGAAAACAACUCACUAGCACUGUUUGCUACAGACAGCCCUAGUAUUCUAACACUCCAUCUUCACAGAGUACAAUCAUAA